AUGUCAGUAAACAGGCUCAUCUCAAGACUCAACAAGACGCUUUAUUUCGAGCUCACAGAUGAUCGCACAAUAUUUGGUCAAUUCACGCUAAUCGAUAAGGAGAAGAACAGCGAACUGAGCGAUGAAAAUGCAGUGGACGCAGACGCUCCAGGCGAGCGUUGGGUGGGUAUAGUGAUGAUACCAAGGCAUCGAGUAAAGGCCGUCUACGAAUGA